GCUCCGAUCAAGGCGAGCCAUUGUGCUGCAAGAAGAAGCAUUGUGCCAAGAGUGCUGUUUCCACGGCUACUGACGAAGCUUUGGACGGCGACAGACACUAUCCACCGUUAUCCGCGACGUUCGAAACAUUUGUUUAGAGAGCCCAGAUGGACUUUAGCUCUGAAGAGUCGGAUAUCAGUGAAUCUGAGAUUGAUUACUACAAGGAGAAGCCAUAUGAAAAAUUAAGGGCUGGGAACUAUAAAGUAAAAAAUUUAAAUGGCACUCUCAGAUGUCCUUUCUGUGCUGGAAAGAAAAAGCAAGAUUACAAGUACAAAGACUUGCUGCAACAUGCAUCUGGAGUGAGUAAGGGUUCUGCCAACAGAAGUGCAAAACAAAAGGCUAACCACCUUGCUCUGGCAGAGUUUUUGGUGACUGAUUUAUCUGGUGAAGCAGAGCAAGUCCAAAUGCCACCCUUACCACAACCGGUCAGUCAAUUUCAGCUAGAUGAUCUUUAUGUCUGGCCAUGGACUGGAAUAAUGGUCAACAUACAGGACAAGAGUUUACAUAAUGCUGAGUAUUGGCUGAAGCAAUUGGCUAAAUAUGGGGCCUCAGAUGUUCGUAUUUUAAAUGAAAAUGAUCAAACUGCUCAAGCUGUGGUGGCAUUUAGUGAUGAUUGGAAUGGUUUUUUCAAUGCAAGCGAUUUUGAGAAAUCAUUUGAAACGAAACAUCAUGGCAAAAUGGAUUGGAAGCUGCAAAGCAUGCAGCCAGUCUCAAGCAUUUAUGGGUGGAUUGCACGGGAAGAUGAUUAUCGUUGUGAGGGGCCAAUAGGGAAAUACCUGCGCAAGAAAGGAAGCUUAAAAAGGGUCUCAGAUAUUGUCCAAGAAGCAUCUAAAAGCAGACAUGCUGAUGUGGCAAACCUAGCGAAUAUAAUUGAUAUGACAAAUGAGAACCUCGCCAAAAUGCAAUACACUUACAAUGAGAAGACUGUGUCACUAAGUAGGAUGCUUGAAGAGAAAGACCAGCUACAUCAUGCUUUUCUUGAAGAAUCAAGGAAAAUGCAGCGGAGGGCACGGGAGGAGUUACAAAAGAUAUUGGAUGAACAAGAAAAGUUAAACAGUGAAUUAGAGGCACGAAAGCAGAAGCUUGAUUUGUGGAGCAGAGAUUUAAACAAAAGAGAGGCAUCAACUUUGCAAGAGAGUCAGAAGCUUGAAGAAGACAAAAGGAUGAAAGAUCUGAGGAACGAAUCCCUCCAAAAGGCUUCUGUGGAGCAGAAGAAAGCUGAUGAGAAUGUCUUAAGCCUUAUUGAAGAGCAAAAGAGAGAGAAAGAGGAGGCGUUGAGGAAGAUAAUUGAGUUGGAAAAGCAGCUUGAUAAGAAGCUGCAGCUGGAAAUGGAAAUAGAAGAUUUGAAGGGGAAAUUACGAGUGAUGAAGCAUCUUGGAGAUGAUGAUGCUGUCCAGAGGGAGAUUAAAAAAUUGAAUGAUGACUUGAAACGACAAGAAGAUGAGCUGGAUGAUAUGGAAUCCAUGUAUCAAACUCUUGUUGUCAAGGACCGUCAGAGCAAUGAUGAACUACAAGAAGCUCGUAAAGAACUAAUAGAAGGGUUAAAGAAUAUGCUAAACACCCGGACUAAUAUUGGGGUUAAGAGAAUGGGAGAGCUUGAUGAGAAGGUUUUUGUGAAAGUUUGCAAGAAAAAGUUCUCUCUCAAAGAUUCUCAGACAAAGGGCGUUGAGCUCUGCUCCUUGUGGCAGGAGAACUUGAAGAAUUCAGCAUGGCAUCCUUUUAAAGUGUUCCCUUCAGAUCAUGAUCAAGCAGUGGAAUUAGUUGAUGAAGAUGAUGAAAAGUUGCGAAAUCUCAAGGAGGAAUGGGGAGAUGAUAUAUAUAGGGAGGUUGUUACAGCCUUGAAAGAAUUAAAUGAAUAUAAUCCAAGUGGUAGGUAUAUUGUUCCUGAACUCUGGAACUUCAAGGAAAACAGGAAGGCUACAAUGAAAGAGGUGAUCAGUUACAUUUUAGGGCAGAUCAAGCAACUUAAGUGUAAGAUGACCGCUUGAGGAGCGUAACAGCCCCCCUAUAUUAUCCUAAGGCUCAUCAGGGGAGAAUACGUGAUACUUCAAGAGGAAUAUGGAAACAAACGAGUUGCUUCUUUAUCUUGUGCUUGUAUGAGUCACGAGAGCUUCAGUUAAUGCUUGCUGUGUGCAAGACUUUCCUUAAAAUUGUCGUUUGUAAUGGAUUCGAACAUCUGUAGAAACCUUAAGUUUUAAUUAGAACUUUAGUUGUCUGUUUUUGGUGAUCAAUAUUAUCUCCUUGGAGGUCUAGUUGCUUACUCAAGGAUGCAGGAGGAAACUUACCUGAGGUUGUCAUUAUUCUUCA